GCGAGUUGGGCGAGUUGCACCAGUUGGGCAUAAAGAAAUUGGUUUUCUGUGCUAGGUCGGGCGUAGCUAUUUCUGAUUUUGGGAUCAACAUUUACACCUAUUCCGCGAUGGCAGACACGGAAGAAGACACAACCCGUGUCUGUGACCAGUGUCACAAGAAGGUGGCUGUGUCCAACUUUGCCUUGCAUGAGUCCCACUGCCAGCGGUUCCUAUGCCUGUGUCCAGCCUGUGAUGAGUCUGUUCCCAGAGAGCUAUUGGAGCAGCACCAUCAGGACCAGCACAGCCAGGUGAAAUGCACCAAGUGCAACAAAAAGGUGGAGCGUUGCCAGCUCCUGGACCAUGAGUCGGACGAGUGUAAGGCAAGGCUGCAGUGCUGUGAGUUCUGCCAGUUGGAGCUGCCGCUGUCGGCCAUGGCGGAGCACAGUGUGGCGUGUGGCAGUCGCACCGAGUGCUGCUCCGACUGCGGACGCUACGUCACUCUGAGGGACCAGACGGAGCAUUCCCAGAUCUGCCCUGACCUCUAUGUUCCCGAUAACCCCUCCCCGCCAUCCUCCAACAGCAGUCGAACAGCAGUGGUUUGCAGGAGCUGUAUGAGGUCUUUCCCAUUGGAGAAGAUGGCGGAACAUCAGCUGGAGUGUGUCCACACAUCAGAAGAGGCUGAAGGUGAUGAUGAUGAUGAUGGCAGCCACAAACAGGAGCAGCCCAGUCCUCUUUUGACCAAUUCUAUGAAGUCUGCAUUGUUCUCAGCCCAAGGCAGGAGGCAAGAGGAGGGGGGAGAGGGGGAUGUUGACCAGAUCAGCACCUGUCCCCACUGUCACCUGGCUCUCCCCGUAGUCACACUACGAUGGCAUGAGGCCAAAUGUCAGAUCCAUGUCAACUUGAAAUGAGACACGUGCUCUGAACUUCUGAAGGAACACUCCAUGGUGAAUUGGUGUAGUGGUUGACAAGUUAGUAAUAACACAAUUAACAGGGUUAGUCGUGAUUUAUUUUAGAAAAUCUGUAUUUCAGAGGCAGUUUAGUUAUUUCUGGUGAUUGGAUGGGUUGGGUAAUAGUAAGAGAUUAUUACUUAUUACAUUAGUCAGGAUUCUUCUCUCUACAAGAGGACAAUAGUCCUAUUUUAUGAUUGUUAUAUAAUACAUAGUUUACAACUGAAAUACAGUAUGUUCUGAAAAUGGGAAUGUGUUCUCCAUCAUUAAACUCUUCAAAAGUUUUACAUUUUAAUAUUUGUUUACUAAUGUACAUAACUGAUUUACAAUAAAAUGGUUUGCUCUAUACACACUUAAGGAGAUUAUAUAUUUUUUAUAAUAGGUCCAAAUGCUAUGAGCCAUCCAGUUUUAUCUUCUCCUAUUGUGAUGUCAUAAGGUGUCCCUUUGGUUUCAUGGUGACAACAAUAAAAGCUGUGAAGGUUCCAGA